UUCCGCUGCAACCCACGGCAUCCGAAGCAGGAGAGUAAUAUCAUAACCUAAUCAAAGCACCGUUUCGUUCCCUUCCGCCAUGCCGUCUCUUCUUCCUCUCAACGACGCCGUUCCGUGCGAGACCCCCAAAGACAAGUCAACGAAGAAGAAGGACAAAGGGAAGAAGAGCAAGUCCCCCAACGGUGCCGUUUGGGAACCAGAAUCUCUGAGUCCGAAGAACAAGAGCAAGAAGCGCAAGAAGAGUUUUGAUGAAGAGGAGCAGCAGAAGAGCGAGACUAGCUCGGAGCUCGUGGAGCCCACUGAGGAGGAAGCUUUGAAAUCGGAAUUGAAUAGUAAUAAUAAGAAGAGGAAUAAAAAAACGAAGCUUGCAGAAGAAGAAGAGGUUUCGAAGGAGGAGGAUUCGAAUGCGGUUUCCAAGUUUAGGAUAUCGGAACCGUUGAGGGUGAAGUUGAAGGAGAAGGGGAUCGAAACACUGUUCCCCAUUCAGGCCAUGACCUUCGACACCAUUCUCGAUGGUUCCGAUUUGGUUGGUCGCGCUCGCACUGGUCAGGGUAAAACUCUGGCCUUUGUGUUGCCCAUAUUGGAGUCUUUAACAAAUGGUCCGGCCAAAGCUGCGAGAAAGACUGGCUAUGGGAGGCCUCCGAGUGUACUUGUGCUUUUACCUACUAGGGAAUUGGCCAGUCAGGUUCAUACUGAUUUUGAAGUUUAUGGUUCGGCGAUGGGAUUGACUUCUUGCUGUUUAUAUGGUGGAACUCCAUAUCAUACUCAAGACAUUAAGCUCAAGAGAGGUGUUGAUAUUGUGAUUGGAACACCAGGUCGUGUAAAGGAUCAUAUCGAGAGGGAAAACCUUUACCUGGGCCAUCUAAGGUUUCGUGUCCUUGAUGAAGCAGAUGAGAUGCUGAGGAUGGGCUUUGUUGAAGAUGUUGAACUUAUCCUAGGAAAGGUAGAAGAUGUUGGUAAAGUUCAGACGCUUCUUUUUAGUGCCACUUUGCCAAACUGGGUUAAGCAUAUUUCUGCAAAGUUUCUGAAACCAGAUAAGAAAACUGCUGAUCUUGUUGGGAAUGAGAAGAUGAAGGCUAGCACCAAUGUUAGGCAUUUUGUUCUUCCAUGUCACAGUUCUACCAUGUCCCAAAUUAUACCUGACAUUAUUCGCUUUUAUAGCAGUGGAGGCCGGACAAUUGUAUUUACUGAAAAGAAGGAGACUGCUUCUGAGUUUGCCGGGCUGUUGCCUGGAGCAAGGGCUCUCCAUGGGGACAUACCUCAAUCACAACGGGAGGUCACGUUGGCAGCUUUUAGAUCUGGGAAAUUCAUGACAUUGGUAGCCACAAAUGUGGCUGCAAGAGGUCUAGAUAUUAAUGAUGUUCAGUUGAUUAUCCAGUGUGAGCCUCCACGUGAUGUAGAAGCCUAUAUUCAUCGAUCUGGACGCACAGGAAGAGCUGGUAAUACUGGAGUUGCUGUAAUGCUUUAUGAUCCCAGAAAGGGGUCAAAAAUAGGUCAAAUUGAAAGGGAAUCGGGUGUGAAAUUUGAACGCAUAACUACUCCUCAGCCUGAUGAUAUUGCCAAAGCUGCUGGUGUGGAAGCUGCUGCUGGAGUGAUUAACCAAGUAUCUGACAGUGUGAUUCCUGCAUUCAAGCCUGCUGCCGAGGAGCUUUUGAACAACUCCGGUUUAUCAGCUGUUGAAUUACUUGCAAAAGCUCUUGCUAAGGCUGCUGGUUUUACUGAGGUAAAGAAAAGAUCAAUUCUGACUUCCAGGGAGGAUUAUGUUACGUUACUUCUUCAAAUUGGAAGACCUAUGUUCUCUCCAAUGUUUGCACUUGGAGUCCUGAAGAGAUUCUUGCCCGAGGAGAAGGUUGAGUCAGUGCAGGGUCUGUCUUUCACUGCAGACGGAAAUGGUGCUGUUUUUGAUAUACCAGCCAAAGAUUCGGAUUUAUUUCUUAAUGGUUCGCAGAAUUCUGCUGGUGUAAGCCUAGAGUUGGUAACAACAUUGCCACCUUUGAAAGAAAGGGACCCUCCGAGAGGGGCUAGAUUUGGCGGUGGUCGUGGGUUUAACGAUAGAAGUGGUGGGAACAGGUUUUCCUGUGGAAGAGGUGGUGGAUUUUCUAGUCAGAGUAAUAGGUUUUCAAAUGGUUUUAAAGGUGGGAGAGGUAAUGGAAACAGAGGCCGAUAUGGGGGGCAAAGGAGUUUCAGGGACUUCUGAGUGUUGUCUUCGCUCAGCAUGUUCGUUUGAGCAUAACUGCAGCCUUCACCAAUAUAACCAUCGGCCACGUUUAAUUAGAUUUAUUGCCAUGUUAUUGUUAAAACCUUGCCCCCCUCUCAAUUUUGUUCAGCAUCUGAACCCUACACGAGUGUUUGUUUAUAUAGUUUGCUAUUUAUAUUCAGUUAUUCCAUUGAUCUCAAUUUUGAUAGGGAAGUGUAAGAAGUAGGUCUUUAUAUUAUGCAUGAGCCAAGCAAGGAAAAUAUUUU